AUGAGCCCCCACGCGAUCCCCAACGGGACCAAGUCGCCUUCCCCGGCCUCCGACGCGUCUGCCGCGUCCUCCCACGUCGUCAAGGCCAACCCUUUUGGUGCCUCGGUUGAUCCUCACUUGUUGAAGAACACUGCUUACACCUCCCCUGCCACCAUCAUUUCCCAGGCUGUGUACGCCUUGUCCAGCACCAUUUUCUCGUACGAGACCGUGGGCGCUGCCAACUUGGUCGAUGCUCAUUUGCAGCUUUGGGCUCUGCACUUCAAGAGACAGAAUGCUGUGGGUGUUGUUCCUCCAUUCCACAGAUUCGAGCCCAGAGCUGGUUCGGCCAAUGCUAUUUUGGGAUACGCUGCUAGCAACGUUUCUCUGACUGGCCCCCACACGGCCGUUUUGGGCGCCAACGCUUUGCCAUACAUGCAGCCUACCUUGGCUGUGGCUGCAAAAUUGCCCUUGAGCUUGAACGUUUCAGCUAUCGACUUUGAUGAAACAACCAGCUCUUUGGUCUCCAACUACGCCACUCCCUUGGCUGUGGCCCGUAACCUCGGCUUCCCUGUGAUUGGCCCUGUGGAUGCCCACUCGGCUUUGGAGUUGCAGUACACCACGGUGCUUUCCCACUUUUUGGCUGCUUUGCUCAAGAGCCCUUCUUUGCACGUUUUUGACGGUCCUGAAUUCGCCCGCUUGUUUGCCAAGUACGAGGACAUUUUGUCUGUUGCCGACGUGGGCCGUUUGUACCAGCAGUUGGUUUCUUCUUUGGCUGCCAAUGAGCUUUCCUUGGACCAGGCUGUUUCCACUGCUUUUGAGGUUUUCAACAAGGUCGCCGGCACCAACUUGAAGCCUUUUGAGUACGAGGGCCACGCCAACCCAGAAACCGUUUUUGUCGCUUUUGGCGCCAACGAGGCUUCAGAGCUUUCUGGUGUCAUUUCCAAGGCUUCCACCUCCGCUCCUGUCGGUUUGGUGAAGGUCAGAGUGCCUUUCCCAUUUAACCAGGAGCAGUUUGUCGCUUCUGUGCCUUCCUCGGCUCGUAAGGUUGUGGUUGUUUCGGCUGAAAAUGGCUCUACUUUGAAGGCUGAUGUUGCUGCUGCUUUGUUCCUUGGAGGCCGUUUUGGAUCUGUUUCUGUUGAGGAGUUUGUUCACCCUGCCAACUUUGUCUGGGCUCCUAUUCCAACUUUGAAGGUUAUUUCCGAAUACGCUUCUGUGGACCCUGCUGUUGUUUUGGCUUCUCAGCCUACUGCUCCUCCAGCUAACAUCACCGCCAACACCUCUCCUGAAGGCUCCUUCUUGUUCUGGACUCGUGACAACAGCGACAUUGUGGAGACUUGCAGCAAGUUGGCGCUUUCAUUGUCGUUGGAUGACUCCAAGACUGUUUCGUACAGAAACAAGUACGACACUUCUGUUGCAGGCGGAAUUGCUCAGGCUCAGGUGGUCAGCGCUGCCAAAAACAGCACUGUUUCGACUUCGGUGGAUGCUGCCGAUGUUGUGUUGAUCGAGGACGUCUCCAUCUUGAACCACUACGACAUUUUGGCUACCGCCAAGCCAGGUGCUAAAAUCGUCUUGGCCAACCACAAGAAGAUCAACAACAAUAUCGAACAGGACUUUGUGGAGAAGUUGCCUCUUGACUUCAAGCGCACCUUGGCCAAAUCUCGCUCCUCAUUGACUGUUAUUGACUUUUCGUUGAUUGAGGAGUUGGACGCUGUCAGUGACUCCACCAAGGGCUUUUCUGCUGACUUCUUGACCCAGGUGGCUUUCUGGAGAGCAGCUUUGCCUGAAUUGGACGGUUUCAUCGUCAACAAGUUGUUGCAGGCUAACGGCAACGAUUUCGAGCUUUUGGCUGCCGUUUUGGACAAGUUCGUUGCUACUGUGGACGAGAAGAACGCUUUGAAGGAAGUUGAAAUUCCAGAGGAGUGGGUCGAUCUUGAGGAAGUUGUUCCAGAAGCGCAAAUUGAAACCGAGAAGGUUGACGAAAAGGCCGAAAAGGAAGACCACAACGGCGACACCAAGUCUGAAAAGGAAGCUGAGGCCGAAGAGGAGCCAGAACCUUUGCCUUUCUUCCCAACAGAAUCUUCCUUCUUCCCUAACCCUAGAGCUGAAGACACUGGUGCUGAAGACAACUUCCACAAGGGUAAGCUGGAUGCCGCUGUUAAGCUUGCUUUCCCUGAGGCUUAUGGUGUGACCAAGGACUUGAGACCUGACCUUCCAGUCAAGAACUUCGUCGUCAAGGUCCAGGAAAACAAGAGAUUGACUCCUUCUGAAUACUCGAGAAACAUCUUCCACAUUGAGUUUGAUGUCACCGGCACCGGCUUGAAGUACGAGAUUGGUGAGGCUUUGGGUAUUCACGGCAGAAACAACGCCGACCAGGUCGAGUCUUUCUUGGAGUUCUACGGUGUGGACGGUGACUCUUUGGUUGAGGUGACCAACAAGGACGACUCUUCGUUGUUGGAGAUCAGAUCUGCUAGACAGGCCUUGACCGACAAUGUGGACUUUUUGGGUAAACCACCCAAGCGUUUCUACGAAUCUUUGGCUCCUUAUGCCACUGAAGAAAAGGAGAAGGCUGCUUUGGAGAACUUGGCCAGCGGUGCUGGUGCCGAGGAAUUGAAGAAGAGACAGGAAGUCGACUUUGCUAGUUACGUUGACAUUCUUGAGGAGUUCAAGUCUGCCAGACCUGCUUUUGAGGAUUUGGUCAAGAUCAUUGCUCCUUUGAAGAGAAGAGAGUACUCCAUUGCUUCUUCUCAGAAGAUGCACCCCAACUCGGUUCAUCUUUUGAUUGUGGUGGUUGACUGGGUCGACAGCAAGGGCAGAACCCGUUAUGGUCACUGUUCCAAGUUUUUGUCUGAUCUCAGAAUCGGUGAUGAAUUGGUGGUCAGCGUCAAGCCUUCUGUCAUGAAAUUGCCUAAGUUGCCUGAGCAGCCUAUUGUCAUGUCCGGUUUGGGUACUGGUUUGGCUCCGUUCAAGGCCUUCAUUGAGGAGAAGAUCUGGCAGCAGGAGCAGGGCCACAAGAUUGGUGAAAUCUACUUGUACAUGGGUUCCAGACACAAGAAGGAGGAGUAUCUUUACGGUGAGCUCUGGGAGGCCUAUAAGGAUGCGGGCAUUUUGACCCACAUUGGUGCUGCUUUCUCUCGUGACCAGCCUCAGAAGAUUUAUAUUCAAGACAAGAUCAGAAGCUCCAUUGAGGAUUUGACCGAUGCCAUUGUUAAGAAGGAGGGUUCGUUCUACCUUUGUGGUCCAACCUGGCCUGUUCCUGAUAUCACUGCCUGUUUGGAGGAUAUUGUCAAGCAUGGUGCUGAAAAGGCCGGUCAAGAAAUCAAGGAUGUGGCCAAGGUCGUGGAGGACAUGAAGGAGGACGGUCGUUACAUCUUGGAGGUGUACUAG